UCAGGCACUCCCUUCUCAAAGCAUAUAUCAUUGCACAGAUUCUCUCUUUAAAAAGAAGGUCACACAAGGUGGGAGUAAGAUCAUUAGAAAAUUUUCAACAAUAAAUUUUAACUUUCGCUUAUCUAUCUAAAAUCUGGAAGACUUCUCAAGACAAGAAGACGAAGGAGAUGGGUCGCCACACCACUCCACUCCCAAAUGGCAAAGCUAAUUUGCUCGAGCGCCAUACAUACCCAAUCAAGAAGCUCGGAGGCAAAUAGGGAAAUUGGUCGGAGAAGUUUGUGAAAAGAAAAAUGGCAGCAACAGUUUCAUCUUGUAUUUUCUGCCAGAAAGCUUCUAAUUCUACAGCCAAUAACCUUCUUCAUUUUGUCUGCUCCUUUCGUUUCUCUGAUAAAGCCAUUUUUCUGUGUUUCUUCUUCUCUUAUACUGGCGAUUGAAUGAAGGGUCUCUGAUUAAAUAUAUGGGUUCUGCAGGAUGAGAGAGUUGUUGCUUUUGAAGAUAUAAACCCUUCUGCUGUCAGUAGGUUCUGAAUGGCCAUCGAGAGUGGCCAUCUAUGACCUUCGUGAGUUGUCAUCUCGAAGGUGCUGAGGAUGGCCUCUAUAAGGCCACUAAAUGGCAUUUAUUGGUAAUUCCCAAGGAGCACAUUCCCACAGUUAGGAAUCUCCAGAGAAGAGCCGAAGAUUACUCACUCGUAAGUCACAUGUUAGAGGUGGGGCAGACACUUUUAUCCCAAGAUUCCCCUCGAUUAAAGCACAGAUUUGGCUUCCAUCAGCCACCAAUGAACAGUGUCAAUCACCUACAUCUCCAUUGUUUUGCUCUGCCUUACACACCCAGGUGGAAGUUCGUAAAAUAUUUAUCAUUGGGAUCGAUCGGAUUCAUUGAAGCUGAGAAGUUGUUGGAGAAAAUAAAGCCCUAACUCACACACCAGAUCACUUCAGCUGCAGCCAGUAUGUAUCCUUUAUGAUUGUUCACUGUUAUAAAGAGCAGAAAAGUUUGAUACGUCCAACCAAAAUUGAGGCAUCUAUUAUGACUGUAUUAUUUCAUUGAUUCAAAGUUGUGUCAAUCUCUACAGGAAUUGUUCAUUUUUAGUAUUCACUGGAAGAAAGGCUUUGUUUUUAUUGCUUCUGAUUCAGGAAAGGGACAAAUGGCUGGCCUAAAAUUAUCAAGAUUCUUUCUAUUAUUAUUUUUUAUUAUUGUUUCAAUGGAAUGAGAAGUAAAAGAUGAAUGUGUAAAUGAGUAAUCAAUGUACAAUUGCUCAUAUUUUCUCCCUUGGGAGAAUAUUUAGUUUCCAGGUAGUGCGAGUUUGGUAUAAUUCUUGGGAAUAAUGGUUUUAGGGGAAGUAUUCUACAAAAUUAUUCUGGAAAACAAAUGCUUCUUUUGAAAGCAGUUAGUAGUUUGAAUCUUUUUCUUUUGGAGCA